AAUUUUAAACAUGACUAACAACUAAUUUUUAUCUAAAAUUUGUGGAGGAUAGAGUCUCCCAUUCCAACCAAAUUUUCUUAUAUGCAAAAAGGGAUGAGAUUAUUUUUGUUUGUUAUAUGCAAAAAGGAAUGGGUAGAGUAGCUGGAUCACACAAAUUAACGAAGCUUUUGAGUUCAAAAGCAGAAUCAGAAUCUAGUUCCAACCAAUUUUCCAAAUUGCUUGCGCAUUGCAUAUUAUCAUAUCAUUCAUCCCUUAGAUAACAGAUUUGAAAAUUGGUGUUUGAUUGAUCAUGGUUCUUACCUACAAACAAGGUUACUUACCACAACCAUUUCACAUCAAACACAUAACCACUAAGUUUUCAUCACUUCCACUCAGAUUCUCACUUAAACUUCAAGGUCAACCAAAACUCAGAAGGGUUGUUAAAAUGUCAGCAACUGAAGUCACGAAUUCGACGAUCUCAUACGAGUCCUUUGCAAUAAAGCCUCCUUUGCACCCUACUUAUGAUUUGAAGGGUAUUAUCAAGUUGGCCCUUGCAGAAGAUGCUGGCGAUCGAGGUGAUAUAACAUGCUUGGCCACCAUUCCAUUUGACAUGGAAGCGGAAGCUUAUUUCUUGGCGAAGGAGGAUGGCAUUGUUGCUGGAAUUGCACUUGCAGAAAUGAUAUUUAAUGAGGUCGAUCCAUCUUUAAAGGUGGAAUGGUCUAAAAAGGAUGGAGAUUUGGUCCAUAAAGGGAUACAGUUUGGGAAAGUUUACGGACGAGCACAUAACAUUGUUGUAGCUGAAAGGGUAGUUCUAAACUUUAUGCAGAGGAUGAGUGGCAUUGCAACUUUAACCAAGGCAAUGGCAAAGGCAGCAUCCCCUGCAUAUAUAUUGGAGACUAGAAAAACUGCUCCGUGUUUACGUUUAUUGGAUAAGUGGGCGGUAAUAAUUGGCGGAGGUCGAAAUCAUAGGAUGGGUUUGUUUGACAUGGUUAUGAUAAAAGAUAAUCAUAUAUCAACAGCUGGAGGUGUUACAAAUGCUCUCAAAGCUGUCGACCUGUAUCUAGAGAAAAAUAGCCUCCAAUUAGAGGUUGAGGUUGAGACAAGGACUCUUGAGGAAGUGGAAGAAGUAUUACAUUAUGCAUCUCAAACAAAAACUUCUUUAACUCGAAUAAUGUUGGAUAAUAUGGUUGUACCUUUACCAAAUGGAGAUGUGGACAUAUCGAUGCUUAAAGAAGCUGUGCAGUUGGUCAAUGGGAGAUUUGAAACUGAGGCUUCAGGCAAUGUUACCAUAGAUACAGUACAUCAAAUCGGGCAAAGUGGAGUAACCUACAUUUCUAGUGGUUCCUUGACUCAUUCAGUGAAAGCACUUGAUAUCUCCCUCAAAAUUGAUACUGAAUUGGCGCUUAAAGUUGGAAGGCGCACCGGAAGAGCUUGAUUAUGAUAUAUUCAUGUAUUCUUCCUCACUGUUCUUCACUAUGCUGCAUGUAUAUUAAUAGCCUUAUUUUAGAAUCUGAUAUCUUUAAUAACCAAGUGCGGUUCCACCAGUUAGCAUGAUAGAAUAAUAAGCAAUGCUCUCAGAAUUGGAACAGGUCAUUGUAAAAAUUGAACUUGGAGAGCUGAAUAAGAGUAAGAUGUAAGUCAAGUUAGAUUUUAUCCUAACUUAUGUAAUAAGAUGUUGUUUGUUCUAAUGUUGUAUGCAUCUAAUAAUUCGACGAAGAAUAUGUCAUGUUAUCGUGUUUGUAAUGGACAACAAAGUUACCCUUUUUA